UAAUCCAAGCAACUGCCAAUGACAGGAAAGCGUACCUAGGAAGCCGUUUCACUCAACUUCACUCUGCUCAGACCGAUCACUCUGAGGAAAAUUGAUCACUUCCUCUCUGCUCAAACUUACUUCACUCCUUUCUUUUUGGUUUUUUCCGGCCAAAAUGAUGGAUUUUGAAACUAUUAACCCAUUUCAUUCAACCUCAACGCCACCUUCAUCACCGACACAGCCAUCGCCGCCACCAAUCUCUGUGUCUGUAUCUCAGAGAAAUCCGGCAGAUAGAUGCUUUGGCUGUGGAAAAUGUGGACACUGGAUAAAGGAAUGUCCUAAUAAAAUAACAAAGAAAUCACACCCUUCUAGUCCUAACUUAACCUCCUCAAGCUCUUCACUUAAUACUUGUGAUGUACUACUGAUUCGGUGUCCUUGUGGUCGAGGCAAGUGUCGCAUUUUCACCUCUCAUACACAGGCAAAUCCUGAAAGGAAGUUCUACACUUGUCCUGUUGAUAAAUCAUCGGGAAGUUGUGGCUUUUUUAAAUGGUGCGAUGAAUUAAGUAUUACACCUCCUAUAUGUCCUUGUGGUGCUGGGUUUUGUAGUCUGAACAGAGAUUCCACUAGCCCGUACGAAGAAAAAUGGUACUUUGCUUGCCGGAUUAAGAAAAGCCAUGGAGCUUGUCCAUUUGUCCAGUAUGUUGAUUCUGAAGUAAAUGCUAUGAUGAAAAGGUACGUAGGUGGAAGGAGGGGGCACACAUCUCUCCAGUUCAACAAUGUAAAUAAUGACCUGGAGAAGAAAGAAGUUACAGUUGCUUCUGCGAUUGAAGUUGCUGGAAAUAUUGACUCAGAUAUGAAAGAAGAUGCUUCUGAGAUAGAAUUGCCAGUUAUCAUUGCAGCUACAGAGCAAGAUGAAUCCCCCUGUGGGGACCAAGUCAUGCAAGGGGCAGAAUCCUGGGAUCCAGUGGCAUUGAAUACACUUGAAGUGUUCCAUCAAACUCCAAUAUUUCAAUCAGAGAGUCACCGCUUGAAAGAGUUAUGGAAGCAAAUUUCUGCUUCAGGGAAUAUGAUAACUGGAGAUGUUAUUUAUCAAAUUUCAGGUCUUCGUGUAUCUGGUUGGUUGGGUCGGUUUGCUUUUCCUCCAUCGCAGUAUCCAAAAGAUUCUCCUGUCAUGCCUAUCUUUUGUUGUGUUUUCCCUUCAUUUGACCCUGUUACAAUCCCGGAAGAUGUGGAUAUAUGUGAUGCUGAAGGCUCAUUUCUCUUACCACAUAGUACCUCAAAUGCUGAAACUGACACGCAAACUACUGGACAGAAUGUUCAAGAGCCUUCAAAUGCUGAAACUGACACGCAAACUGCUGGACAGAAUGUUCAAGGGCUCAAAGAUUCUGCUGUUAUAAAAGAGAAUGACACUAGCAUAUCAAAGUCAGUCUUAAACUCAUAUGGGCAAGCUCUCCUAAAUAUUCUGGAGUCUAUGAAUCCACCCAAUCACGAAGCAAUGGUAAAACUGGCAGACGAUACUUUUAACAUCUUCAAGAAUCUGUCAAUUCAAUGUGAUCCUUUUGUUGAGGGUGUAAAAGAAUACAUUCAAGCUGUAUCAAAACUCCCUUCAAUUGAAAAGUCUAUGCCUAAAGGCCUCUCAUCUAAAGAACUAAGUAAGCUGUACGAUGCUGAGAAAUUGCAAUUCGACAAUGUUUCUCGCCUCCAUACUGAGGCCGUGACUGCUUACAAGGCUUCAAAUAAUCACCUCCAGUCACUUCAGGAAGAAUUGUCCAGUGUCAAGGCUAGGCUUCUCGAGCUUGAGAAACAGUUGUGUUCUUGUGAGAGUGAAACAUCUGCACUCAAAUCACAUCUUGGUGAAGUUGCCGAGGAUAUGUUGGAGUCACAGAGAAGUAUGGAGGCUGCAUCAAAUGAAAUGGUGGAAGCUCUAAAACUGGAACAGCAGAAAGAAUCUGUCCUUGAUGCAGCAAGGGCUGCAAUGGAAACUGCAAGGAUUUGGAUCCAACAUUGAUAUAACUAGAUAAUCUAAGUUACUGUAUUUGUAUAAUAAGUACGUGUUCUAGUUAUAAGCUGUACUUAGGUUCAUAAACUGGCUGUCUUCUAUGUAAAAUAUGUUAAAUAUAAUAAUAUUCUAACUUGGGUUGAGUUGUAAAUUUCA